AUGAAAUUGGUUGAUAUUUUACUUGUACUGAUUUCUGCAGCAACCACUAAUGCAAUACUGACACCGACUGAUAAUAAUGGUUCACUCCAAGCAUCAGGCACUUCUAGUCAAGUAUCUGGUCCAACCAAUGAACCUGAUCCAGGCACUUUGGACGACUUGCAAAGUAUAGUGGAUGCAGUUAAGUUAAGCAUUUUCGACGAAGACUGGCAAAACAUAUUUGAUCCGAUUGAUUCAGACCAAGAUUGGCAAAAUACAGUAGAUCAACCCAGUUCAAGCACUUCUAGUCAAGUAUCUGGCCCAACUAAUGAGCUUAUUCUAGAGAUUCCCGACCAAAACUGGCAAGACAUAAUGGAUGAACUUGAUUCAAGCAUUUUCGACGAAAACUGGCGAAACAUAUUAGAUCCAAUUGAUCCAAGUACUUACAAUGAAGACUGGCAGAAUAUAGUGAAUCAGCCCAUCCCAAAUACUCCCAGUCAAGUUUCUGACCCAAUUGAUCAAGUCGAUUCAAACACUUUUGAAAAAGACCAACAACAACCAGCUGAUCAACCCAGUUCAAGUAUCCCCGACCAAACCCAGCAACACCUAAUGGAUGCAACUGAUUUAAAUAUUUCCGACAAAGAUCAGCAACAGCCGAUUGAUCAGCCCAGUCCAAGCACUUCCAAGCAAAGUCGGAAACGACGAAUCAAUGAAAUUAGGCCAAGUACUUCCAGUCAAGCGCCUGGUUCAACUAAUGAACCCAAUCCAAGUACUUCUGGCAAAUAUUGGAUACCACUAUUUAUUAUAAUUAAUCCAAAUAUUCCCAGUCAAGACCCAAUUAAUGAACCCAGUCCAAGUACUUCCAAACGAAGUCGGAAACGACGAAUUGAUCAACCCAGUACAAGUACUUCCAGUCAAGACCAACAACAACCAAUGAAACAAGGCAAGUCUGCUAAUACUGUUACAAAUCAAAUAGCUGGAUUAAGCGAAAGAUAUCAAAGAACCUUUAAUCGUAUAAACCAAAGACUUGUAGAGUCUGAAAUAAUACAAAACAACAAACGCAAAGAAUGUCGUGAAUAUGACGCCCUUAGAUUCGAACAAUGGUCAGCGUUAUCAAUGGGAGAAGAUAUAUCAGGAUCAAAAUACGAUCCAAAAGUUGAAAAGAAAUUGAAAGAAGAGUAUAAGAAGAUAAGCAGAAGAGUACAUGAUGUCAAAUAUGAAUUAAAACAGUUUAUGAAAAGGCAUGGUUUGAGAUUCGAAGAACCGAAUUAG